GCAUCUGAAAUACUAAACCAGCAACGAGCCCAAGGGGAGGAGGAUGUAGUGAGAAAUACAAUAAAUAAAUUACUGUAUGAGAGAGAGAGGAAAAAAGAAGAGCCUCCUAAUGAAAGGCUGUCAAUGGAGCUGGAGAAUAUUGUUGCUAAUACAGUCCUGUUGAAAGCCAGAGAAGGUGGAGGAGGAAAACGGAAGGGAAAAAGCAAGAAGUGGAAGGAAAUCCUAAAGUUUCCACAUAUAAGUGAGUGUGAAGAGCUGCGCAAAAGUAUAGACAGAGAGUACUACAGCUUGUGCUACAGACAGCCAAUUGGCAAGCUACUCUUCCGCCAGUUCUGUGAAACCCGACCAGAAUUUCAGCGCUGUAUAAAGUUUCUAAACUCCGUGGUAGAGUAUGAAGUUACCCCAGAUGAGAAGUUGGGUGCAAACGGAAAGGAAAUUAUCAGUACAUACCUCAGUCCAGAGUCUUCAGAUUACAUACCAGAAAUAAGUUUAGACCUCAUUAAUGAAACAAAAGAAAAACAUGAGCUCAGCCCCUGCAAGGAGCUGUUCUCUCACUGUGUGAAAUCUGUCCAAGACUACCUGAGUGGGGCUCCAUUCCAGGAGUACCAGGAGAGCAUGUAUUUCGAUAGGUUUCUACAGUGGAAGUGGUUAGAAAGGUUACCUGUAACAAAGAAUACAUUUAGACAGUACAGAGUUCUAGGAAAAGGUGGAUUUGGGGAGGUAUGUGCCUGCCAGGUCCGAGCUACAGGAAAGAUGUAUGCUUGCAAAAGGCUGGAGAAGAAGAGGAUAAAAAAGAGGAAAGGGGAGGCUAUGGCUUUAAACGAGAAACAGAUCUUAGAAAAAGUCAACAGCAGGUUUGUAGUUAAUUUGGCUUAUGCUUAUGAAACAAAGGAUGCACUGUGUUUAGUCCUGACAAUAAUGAAUGGAGGUGAUUUGAAGUUUCACAUCUAUAAUAUGGGGAACCCAGGCUUUGAAGAAGAUCGAGCCUUGUUUUAUGCAGCAGAGAUCCUCUGUGGCUUGGAGGACCUUCACAGAGAAUUUAUCGUUUACAGGGAUUUGAAACCAGAAAACAUCUUGUUAGAUGACUAUGGCCACAUUAGGAUAUCAGACCUGGGUCUCGCUGUGAAGAUUCCUGAGGGUGAGACUAUACGAGGCCGGGUAGGAACUGUUGGUUAUAUGGCCCCAGAGGUACUGAAUAAUCAGCGUUAUGCCCUGUGUCCUGACUACUGGGGCCUCGGCUGUCUGAUCUACGAGAUGAUCGCUGGGCAGUCGCCAUUCCGCGGCCGCAAAGAGAAGGUGAAGCGAGAGGAGGUGGACAAGAGGGUGCUGGAAAUUGAAGAGAGUUACUCUGAUAAAUUCUCUGAAGAGGCCAAGUGUGUUUGUAAAUUGUUAUUAACCAAAGACCCAAAGGAGAGGCUUGGAUGCAGAGGAGAAGGAGCAUCAGAAGUAAAGCGACACCCAUUCUUUAAGUCUAUUAACUUUAAACGCUUAGAAGCUGGAAUAUUGGAGCCACCUUUUGUGCCUGAUCCUCGUGCCGUGUACUGUAAAGAUGUCCUAGAUAUUGAACAAUUUUCCACUGUGAAGGGGGUUAACUUGGACCAAACAGAUGAUGACUUCUAUUCCAAGUUUGCAACAGGGUCUGUUUCCAUACCAUGGCAGAAUGAGAUGAUUGAAACCGAGUGUUUCAGUGAGCUGAACACAUUUGGGACAAUUGGAGAGCUUCCCCAAGACCUGGACAGGAGCUACCUCCCAGAGCCACCCAAGAAAGGAAUACUUCACCGCUUCUUUCGACGUCAGCAUCACCAAAACAACUCUAACAGCCCUUCAAACUCCAAGACCCAUUCCAACCACCAUGUGAAUUCCAAUCACGUGACCUCGAACUCCACGGGCAGCAGCUAGUGAAGAGCCUUUGAACGGUCGCCACUGCCCCUAGCCCACCCUCUGGCUGCGUCCUCCAGCGUUGGUGAGAGCCGAAAGCGAAAUGGGAACUCCUGGAAAAGCUGUAAUGGUUUAGGAGGGGCAGAGACAGUAAUUGCUGAUAUCCACCCAGUCCACACAAUGGAGCUGUUCAUUCAUUCCACAGUGACAGUCAGAGCCUCUUUCUGGAUGGAGAUGUUCCAGUUCCACUCAGGUUUAUACCACAGUUGAUGCGCGCAAGAUCAACAGCAAAACAAGUCUCCUUAGAACAUUGCAAUAGCAAAAUUAAUAAAACCAAGCUAUGUACAAGACUACUUGCACGUAUUAAAGAAACAUGACAUUGGA